AUGGCUGGUUAUAUCGCUAAACAACUUGUGGCAAAACCUUUAGAUGCAGUUAAAAACGUUGCCAAAGAUGCUGGAUCUUUAACAACAACAACAACAACAAAUGAUGAUCUUGAAGCAUCAAUAAUUGCAGCUGAAGAAAAACGUCGAGAAAGAUUUGAAGGUUUAGAAGAGCAAAGAGAAAAUAUGAGACAAACAAUUAGAGAUAAAUAUGGACUAAAAAAGAAAUCUGAUUUUCUGGAAGUAGGAACACCAGAUGGUUCAAGACGAUCAUCAACUCAUCGAUGCUCUGAUGUCAAUUUAAAUACACAUCGUCGAUCUGCUCAAGAGGAUUCAUUUAUGAAAUUUAUUCCAACUGCAAUACAAGAUGUUGCAUCAAGAGUAGUUGAAUUACCACAACAAUUAGCAAAUCAGGCAACCGAUAAAUGUUGUCUUAUGUAAACUAAAAAUUUUUCCUAACAACAAAAAAGAUUUAUUCAUUUGAAUUGUAUUCAUACUUACUUAUUGAACACCCCCAUAUACAUAUUUAUUCAUCGUUUUUUUUUGGUUUUUGUUUCUUUUCAACGAAAUCACAACCAUCUAAGUUAGCAUAUAUAUAUAUAUA